UGACCGGUAAUAGUGAGCUGUAUGUGUGUUGUCAGUGAGGGCGUGUGUAGGGGAUCCAUACGCACACACAAUACUAUGGGUAUAGUAUGAGCGACUGUGUGUGUGUGAGAGAGAGAGAGCGUGUGUGUGUGCAGAUAACGGCAUGGCCCCGGUCUGUGUCUUUGUAGCCGGUAAGGGGAAGGCGUGGUGAGCGUCUGAUCACAGAACCAACUGAUGAGGGAAUGAAGCAGAUGUGCGGCGAUACAUCCGACAGCGAGCGUGUGAACUGAACGGAAACGCCCUUACAGACAGAGAUGACCGAGGGACGACUCUGCCAGGUGCAGCUCCUGGACGACAGGAAGCUGGAGCUGUUGGUUCAGCCAAAGCUGUUGUCUCGUGAACUCCUGGAUUUGGUCUCAUCGCAUUUUAACCUGAAAGAGAAGGAAUACUUUGGAUUCACCUAUGUGGAUGACACCGGCCAGUGCAAAUGGCUGCAGCUGGACCGCAGAGUGCUGGAACACGACUUCUCCAAGAAAUCUGGGCCUAUUGCGCUUCAGUUCCUGGUGAGGUUUUACAUAGAGAGUAUUUCGCUUCUAAAGGAGCACACAACUGUGGAGUUAUUCUUUCUGAAUGCCAAGUCCGCCAUCUAUAAUGGUGACAUUGAGGUGGAGAGUGAGCUGGUUUUUAAAUUAGCUGCUCAUGCAUUGCAGGAAUCUAAAGGAGACUAUACAAGUGAUGAAAACACCAUAGCAGAUCUGAAGAAGCUUCCAGCAUUGCCCACUAAAGUCCUGAAGGAGCAUCCGUCUCUAGCAUACUGCGAGGAGCGUGUGAUUGAGCACUACAAGCUGUUGAAAGGACUCUCCAGAGGACAGGCCAUUGUGCAGUAUUUGACCCUGGUGGAGUCACUGCCCACAUACGGAGUGCAUUAUUAUGAAGUGAAGGAUAAACAAGGUAUUCCAUGGUGGCUGGGCAUCAGCUAUAAAGGCAUUGGACAGUAUGAUCACCAAGAUAAAGUAAAACCUCGAAAGCUCUUCCAGUGGAAGCAGUUGGAGAACUUGUACUUCAGAGAGAAGAAGUUUGCUGUGGAGGUGAAUGAUCCUCACAGGCGAACGGUGACUAAACGCACGUUUGGCCAGACGGGCCUGGUGAUCCACACUUGGUAUGCCAGUCACUCAUUGAUCAAAACCAUCUGGGUCAUGGCCAUCAGCCAACACCAGUUCUACCUGAACAGAAAACAGUGCAAAGCAAAAAUCACCACAGCCAGAAGUUUAGGAGACAUCGCAGCUGACCUGACAGAGAACGGCGCAUCAAAGAUGAAUAAACUGAGUGCAGGAGUGAAAAAUCAGCUCAUCAUGGCCAGUAAUGGGAGUCUGGUUUCAACAGGUUCGGCUGACUCUGAAAUGAACGACGACCAGAAAAAAGAAAAACUUGCCGAGUUGAGAAAGAAAGAGAGAGAGAUCCAGGAUGUACUCAGCCAAAAACUAACAGAGCUGAAGGAAAUAUGCCUGCGAGAGGCUGAACUCACUGGCAAGCUCCCAAAAGAGUAUCCUCUCAUCAAAGGCGAAACCCCUCCUCAUGUUCGGAGGAGAGUCGGGACGGCCUUCAAAUUGGAUGACCUUUUCCCAUAUAAUGAGGAUCCAUACCUUAGAAAUUUGGAGAGCCGCUUUGCGUUGCAGCAGAAAAUCGUGGAGGCAGCCAAGAAGCUAGCUGCUGAGACUGACAUCUCUAAAUUAGUGAGGAAAAAAAGGAGGAGGAAUUGUCUGGAUGCCAUGCAAAAGCUGCAGGAGAUUGAGGAUGAAAUGAACCAAUACAGACUGAAGAAAGGACAGAAACCCACACAGAGAGCUUCUGUGAUCAUAGCCGAUGAACUGGCUCAGUCCGAGUGCAGCUCCCUUUGUGAUAGUCUUCCUCUAGAUGACGAAGAUGAUAACCAGAGGCCACGUUCCCGCUCCGUCCAGUGUUCCCCAUGUCUCAGUCCUCCUCUGUCAGUAUCCGGCCUGGAAUAUGACACUGAGAGACGAUCCUCAUCCAGCGAAACACACCACGAUAGAGCUCUUAACAGAUUAGAUCAUGAGGUCCAAGGGUCGGGACAUUAUUACACCCCCCGAGAGGUGUUCUCUGCCCAAAGCAGUCCGUGUAAAACUUUACCUAGAAUGCCGAAGGACCCUCGCAGCUUACCGCAAACCCCCGUCAUGCCCCGUAAUGCCUACAGCAGCAGCCAACUCAGGUCGGAAGGUCACAUCCGUGCUUUUCGGCACCGCAGUGGCAGUUUGGAGUCUCAGUCGCAACUUCAUUCUCACUGCGCAAACAAGUCGGCCUUCCCGCUGUCUCCCUCCCGUCGUAGCAAUAGCACUGAGGUGUUGGACGACUGCUCGUCCUAUAACAGCAUGUCCAGCAUGGACUACUGCCUCCCCUGCUCGGCCACUCCUCCCUACUCGCAAUCCCACGACUACCGACUCCAUCGCAAAGUGGAGAUCUACGGCAAUACAGGAAGCAUGCCCAACUUGGUCCCUCAAAACUCCAGCUGUUAUGGCUACCAGCAGAAUCACUACGGCCCGACCGCAUACUACGUGACUGGCUAUCCCGGCUACGAAUAUGAGCCGUGUUCUAACGGAGCUUACGUUUAUGAGAGUGAACUUGAGGGUCACUAUAACAUCAACCCCACUUACCCAGCACAUGGUUACCAGGGUCGUAGUCGGAACAGACAUUAUGGAAUAGAGGGGUCGGAUAAUUUGUCACAGAAUCCAUAUGCCACUGUGAGGCCCCCUAGGGGAAGACAGGGACCACUGAAUGAGGUGUUGACAAAGAACAUGUACAAGGCUUUGGUGGCAGAGCAUUUGAAGGGCUGGUACAAUCGCAGUGCUGGGCACAAGGACCCAGGUACAUAUCAGCUAGUGUAUACUUACAAAUAUGACCGAGGUUCUCAGCACAGCCUGGGGUACCAGACGCUGCCUGCACCCUUCAGCCACUCAAGCCGAACCAACUCGUUCUCCUCAGUGUCGUCUACUGCCAGUGGAGGGGGAAACUGGCAGAACCAUUUAGCCAUGGGUCUGACUGAUGGUGAACUGCCAGACGGUCCCUUGAGCGCUGGGGCCUACAGUCCUUCAUACAGUCGCAGUCCUACACACAGCAGCAGGUUCCCGUCAGAAAGUGCCGCCUCUCACACAUCAGACCCGGGAGAGGUGUUCGGUGCCAUGGCCAGCUGUUCUGACGCAGACCAUUAAAGAGCACACGAGGACAGGUCAUCUUUCACUGAUAUGAUUUUAUGUUGCACACGUCAGAGACUGACACUGACAGUACUGAUUUAAAGCUCUUGUUAUGCUCUCUUUAAACUUUGAGCUUUAUAGACCAGUGAGACAACGAAAGAGAUUUAUGAUUUUUACAAGAUGACUUCAAAGUCUAGGAUGGGAAUGAAAUGUUUUUUUGGAAUUCACUUACUGGAAUAGCCGAUUCCGCACGCCAGUCCCGUCACAGAGCACACGCUGAUACCGCAGCAACACGACUGCUGUAUUCACCAACUUCUGGAGGACCAAAAGACAAACCGGCACAACAGAAAGUAGAAAGGAAACAGAAGCACCUUACGGACAGAUGUGGGCAACAUGGACCUAAUUUUCUCUUGUGCCUCAGAAUGGGAUGGGUUUCAGAGAACCGCUAUGGACGUCUAGCUGAACAAAAUGCCCAGAACUGUCUAUUUACGCUCAGUACUGUGGGGAGAAAAACAAACCAACCAAAUGAGAUGUGCACACUUAUAGUGAAUGUCAUUUCAUAGAGGAGUUUCUGAGAGAGUGAAGAAACUAGCCAUAUCACGUGAUAUUUUGGACCUUUUUUACGUUGUCUUAUGCAGAACAGUAAAAGAUUUGAACUUCAUCUGAAAACACUGCAAGAACAAAGUAAUGUAAAUAUUAUGACUGAGUGGCUGUUGUUUUGCAUUUUAUUUUUAAUUUAUUAAGCUGUCCGUGCUUGUAGAAGUUUGAUUGUGUACCAUUACAUGACAAGUGAGUGGUUUGCUUGCUUGAUACUGUACAUAUUUUGUCCUGCACAAAUUCUGUUAGAACAGCACUUGAUUGAAGCUUGGCAAGACCCUGGAAAAUCCAGGCUUUAAGAAAAAACAAACAAACAACAAAAAAAAAAAAGUCAGCCUGACAAUUUGAGCUUAAAGAAUACUGUAAGAAUGUUGUCAAUGUUCUUAAAGAAAUGUUCCGGUUCAACACAGGUUGAGCUGUAGGACGGCAUCUGAAGAAUGUUGUCGGUUAAUACAUCAUUUGCUCAUUCUUCAGUUUGUGUCAAUCCUCUGCGUGUCCGAACACACUUGUGUACACAACUGCACUUACAAUGGAAGUCUAGGAUGUUACAACUUGUACUUUUGUGCCCCUAUUAUGCCAUUUUUAAGGUUCCUAAUAUUUCAUUGUGAAUCUAAGGUUUACAUGCGUGCAAUGUCAAAAGAACUAUUUAGUUUUCACAAAAUACACAUUUAUUCACCUCAUUUUCCAGCGAUUCUCAAACAAUUUUUUCUAAGCAGUUCAAAGAUUCAUUUCUCUAAGCUCCUCCUUUCUGUGAGCCUACUCUGCUCUGAUUGGUCAGAUGGUCCAGUCUGUUGUAUUUGGUCUACUGCAUACAGCUAGUGUCAAAAAACGAUACGCCCAUUGUCAUAGUUCAGUAUUUUGAAUGUUCAAUAAUCAAAACAUCUAUUAUUUAUAAAGAACCUGUCCCGCUUUGUGUUGUACCGCACAGCAUUUUCACCCCUUGUCCCGCACGUCGCAUAUUGAGAAAAUGUCCCGCAUUUUCAUCAGUAUGUUGGUUUUUCUCGUUUGCAUGCUCAGAAACACAUAUGACAACGGAUGUAAUCAGUAUUUACAUAGCAUAACAGUAGAAAAUGUAUCAGCCACAUACUACACGCUGCAUAAAAGGCAAUAUUCAGAAUGGCAUAAUAGAGGCACUUUAAAGCACAUAUUAAUUCUCCAAAAUAUGCUUGAGCUGUAAAGUUGUAAAAUAAAACAAAUAUUAGAUGACAAAUAAAUAAAAAUGUGAAAUGUUUGUCUAAAUAUGUUGAAACAUCUAAAAUAAGUCCAAGUUAAAGCAAUAAAAUUAGAAAAAAAGACAGAAAACUGAAAUAAAUGAAACCUAAAUAGUAAUAUUAAUUCUUACAAAAAUAUGAGCUUUAAAGUAGUGAAAUAAAUAUUUCACAUUUUCAUUUAUUUGUUAUCUAAUGUUUGUUUUAUUUCACUGCUUUUAAUUUUUCUUUUAUUUUUCUGAAACAUUUUUUUUUCUAAUUUUAGUGCUUUAACUUAUUUUAGACAUUUUAACAUUUUUUAGACACAUAACAUCAAUAUUAAAUGACAAAUAAAUUAAAAUUUGAAAUGUUUAAGUGUCUAAAAAUGUUUAAAUGUGUAAAAUAAGUUUAAGUUAAAGCACUAAAAUUUGAAAAAAAAAAACUUAUUUCAGAAAACUAAAAUAAAUUAAAAGUAGUGAAAUAAAACAAAACAAACCUAAAUAGUAAUAUUAUUUUUUAUUUUUAUAAUUAAACUUAAACAGAAAUAUAAAAAAGCUUACAAAAAGGACAAACCACAUGACAACAUUAAAUAAAAUAAAUAAAUAAUUAAAUUAAAAAACAGCACAUUUAUUAAAUAUAUAAAUAUAUAAAAUUAUACAAAAAUAAAUUCAAAAUAUAAAAAUUUUAUAAUUGUAUAUAAAUAAUACUAAAAUAACACUGGUUAAGAGCUAAAUAUAACUUUUUCAUGGAUAAAAAGUUGUCUGUUAAUAUUGUUUAAUGGACCUGAGCUUAAAUGAACUAACAUUGAACAAUAACCUGAUAUUAUGUAUUAUGUAAUGUAUUGCUCAUUGUUAAUGUUACUUAAUAACUAAUUAUGGUGAAGUGUUACUGCACACUUUUAUCCCACUAGUCUUGUGUUGAUGUCUUAUUUUUGUAAGUGUUGUGGCUAUACUUUAAUUUUUAAAUUUUUAUUUAUUUUAUUUUUUUUGUGUAAUAAUUUUUGGAAUAAUUUUUGUGUGUUUUAUCCCAGUGUAGCAUCCUGAUCCAUAUACUCCCUUUCAAAAGUUUAGGAUCCGUUAGGAGUUUGAAUGUUUUUUUUUUUAAAGAA